CGGCACGACAAGAUGGUUCGUUACGCUGCCACCGAGAUCGAGAACGCAAAGUCCGCCCGGGCUCGCGGUUCAUACCUUCGCGUUUCCUUCAAGAACACCCGCGAGACCGCGCAGGCCAUCAAUGGCUGGAAGCUCGAGAGGGCCCUUUCCUACCUCCAGAACGUUACCGAGAAGAAGGAGGCCGUUCCCAUGAGGAGAUACGCCGGCAGCACUGGACGCAGCGCACAGGGAAAGCAAUUCGGUGUCUCCAAGGCCCGCUGGCCCGUCAAGUCCGCCGAGUUCCUCCUCGGUCUCCUCAAGAACGCUGAGGCCAAUGCCGACACCAAGGGUCUCGACACCAGCGCCUUGAUCGUUAAGCACAUCCAGGUCAACCAGGCACCCAAGCAGCGUAGGCGCACUUACCGUGCUCACGGUCGUAUCAACCCCUACAUGAGCUCCCCAUCGCACAUUGAGGUUAUCCUUACCGAGGGUGAGGAGGUUGUCGAGAAGUCAAAGGAUGUUGAGGGUCUCCGAUUGAACAGCAGGCAACGUGGCCAGCGCACUCGCAGGGCUAUCACCGCCGCAUGAAGAGCGAAUGAAAACGUGCGAUGAUGGUCAAGUGGGUUAACAUCCGGCUACAGCAAGUAUCUGGCUGGAGACGGCAAGAGGAACGGCAUGGGAGUCAAUGAGCGAAAUGAUUCAUAGGGUCUUUCAUCCUCCGGCAUGAUUGGGGUUUCAUCUUCUCCGGUGUCUGGUCGAAAAAAAUUCAAAUAGGCUACGGCCGUUUCCAAUACAUGAGCGCUUCAAGUGACAGUGCUCCGGUCCCUUUUUACAAUGCCAACCUUUGCUCACAAUUACUGAUGCCGGUAUAGGUGGCGUGUGACCCUUUUAGUGAGAUAAUGAUCAAUAUAUUGACAGG